AUGCCGGAGAUGCCUACCAGCAGUAGCAGGAGGAGCGUGCGUACCCGAUCACCUACCGCGACCUCCGGGGAUCAACCUCCCAGCGCCAAGUGCCGACGCCUGUUGGACAGUCAGCAUGCUUCGACUGCGACUGCGUUGCUGCCCAACAAUGAUGUGCAGGCAGCUAAAGGAAAGCUGAACAACUCCCACAGCAUCAAUUCCUCUUGUCAGCAAGCUCUGGAUAAAAUGACACUCCUGGUCCUGAUGUUUCAACAGGAGCUCGUUACCCUUCUAGCCAAGCUGGCCCUCGAGGAGAUCGAGCCGUCGGGUGUGGACGCAGGAUCAUUUGCCUUGGCACAAUCACCUGGUAGGUCCUCCGCCUAA